AUGACCGUCCAGUCCGAGAACCCCACGACCGCCGUGUCCGCCCCUGGCAAGGUGCUGCUCGCCGGUGGCUACCUCGUCACCGACAGAGACUACACCGGCCUUGUCUUCGGCCUCAACGCCCGCAUCAAUGUCGUCGCGCGAGGCAUCCCCACCUCCCAGGGCGUCCAGCUGACCGAGAUUGUCGUCGAGAGUCCCCAAUUCAUCGGCGGAAUCUGGCGCUAUGGCUAUCAUCUUGCCCCUGAGGACGGCGGCAUAACUGUCACUCAGCUGCAGGUCGGCUCGACAUACCAAGCCAACCCUUUCAUCGAGACAACUCUCACCUACGCGCUCACAUAUAUAUCGCGCGUAGCCCACCAACGGCCGGCCCACAGCAUCAAAUCCGCCAGGCUCACCAUCCUCGCCGACACGGACUACUACUCCGCCUCAUCAUCAUCCACCGCUGCUGGCCCAUCCAGCAACAGGUUCAUUCCCUUCGGCACGUCUCUGAAAGACGCCAAAAAGACCGGCCUCGGCUCCUCGGCCGCGCUCGUCACGAGCCUGACGGCCGCUCUGCUGUCCCACUACCUGGACCCCAUCCACUUCGACCUGGGCACCGACAAGGGCCGUACCGUGCUGCACAACCUCGCCCAGGCGGCUCACUGCCGCGCUCAGGGCAAGAUCGGCUCCGGCUUCGACGUUGCCGCCGCCGUCCACGGAAGCUGCCUUUACCGGCGCUUCUCACCCUCCGUCCUGGACGCGGUCCCGCAACCGGGCCAACCGCACUUCGGCACCAAGCUGGAGGAAGCCAUCAACGGCAGGCGGUGGGACACUGAGAUCCACAAGGACAAGGUCAGCCUGCCGCGCGGCGUCGCCAUGCGGAUGGUCGACGUCGAGUGCGGCUCGCAGACCGUCGGCAUGGUCAAGGCCGUCAACGCGUGGCGCGCGACCGACCCGCAGGGCUCCAAGGCGCUGUGGGACGAGCUGCAGGGCAGGAACGAGACCCUGGCGCGCGUCUUGGCCGAGGGGAGGCUGGACGACCUGCCCGCCGCCCUCGCCGCAAGCAGGGAGCUGGUCCGCAGCAUGGGGGCAAAGUCCGGCGUGCCAAUCGAGCCCGAGGCCCAGACGGAGCUCAUCGACGCCCUGUCAGCACUCGACGGCGUGUACGGCGGUGUGGUGCCCGGCGCGGGCGGGUUCGAUGCCGUGUCUUUGUUGGUCAGGGACGACGAGGAGACGGUUGCGCGGCUGGAGCGCUUCCUGGAGGAGUGGUCUGGGAAGAAAAAGGACAGCAAGGUCAAGCUGCUCGGGGUCAAGGGCGAGCUAGAGGGAGUCAGGGUUGAGAAACUGCGGGAAUUCGAUGGGUGGCUUUCUUGA